GUUUUAAAAAAAAAGAUAUGAUUGUAAAUUGUGCCUUAAAAUAAACGGUAGAAAAUAAUUAUAUUUAUAUUUAGACCCCCCAGUGAGCAAUCUGAAGGUGACUGUGGUAAGGAACACAAAACUCCAUAAGAUGUUGAUUAAUGGAGAAAAAUAACCUUGAGAGAAACCAGACUCACUGUGGGGGCCAGUUCCCCUCUGACUAACAUCAUGAAUAUAAUGACAAUAUUACUUAUGUAUAGUGCAAGUCAUGGUUUAAGAUUAUUAAACUAAGUAAGUGUUGAGGGUCAGUGUUUAAACAAAGAUUUUGUAUGAACUGUAAGAUUAAUGACUAAUGUCUUUGAAGUUCAUCCUGGAUUAACUGCAGAAGUUCACAUUGAUGCAAUUGUCCUUUGUUAGUUGGCUGAUGAAGGGAUUUGUUGGUAAUUAAUUGAUAGUCUAUGUAUUCCAUUAUAAGAGUGUAGUCCAUCAUUAGACCGAGGUGAUGCAGGCAGAGAUCAGUGAGGUGCAUCGCAGUUCAACCGGCAGGUCAUUUCGGUGAGGUUCAGUGGAGUGCAUGGUUCGAGACUCAGACACAAUCACUCAGUUUAAGUCUAGAUUAAAGACUCAUCUAUUCAGCCAGGCAUACAGCUAAUUUAUCUGAAGUGAUAUCUGGCUGGCACAGGCUGCAGUUAGUAGUCAUCACUCAGCAACACAGAGUAGUGGGAGUCGGACAUCAGAAAGGACCAGAGCUGGAUCUUGGCAGGCUCUGGUGACCUCAGGAUAUGUAUCCCAAGGUCAAGACAGGGAAACAAAUAGAAUAAUAUUAGCGUAGAUGCCAUAGAAUAUGAGAAGUGUUUCCAUUUCCGGCAGACCUAACUAAUCCAGCAUAACUAUGAGUUGAUGGAUAAAUUAGGUGUUUGUCUGGAUAAAUAGAUGAGUCUUUAGUCUAGACUUAAACUGAGUGAGUGUGUCUGCAUCCCGAACAGUGUUAGGGAGACUCUUCCAUAGUUUAGGAGCCAAAUAUGAAAAGGAUCUACCUCCUUUUGUGGAUUUUGAUAUUCUAUGUAUUAUUAACAACCCAUAAUUUUGCAAUCUUAUGGAAUGUGAUGGAAUAUAGCGUGAUAGAAGGUCACAUAAAUACUGUGGAGCUAGACCAUUCAAGGCUUUGAAAAUGAAUGUGGAUAUUCAUUUGGGAAAACUAAGGUUGCUGCUGGAAGAGGUAUAAGGGAGGCCAGCAGCGAGUGCUUACCCUGCAGUCUGUGUGGGUGCUAAUGCCCCAGUAUAGUGAUGGGGACACUAUACUGUAAAAAGGCACCGUCCUUCAGAUGAGACAUUAAACUGAGGUCCUGACUCUCUGUGGUCAUUAAAAAUCCCGGGACACUUCUUGUAAAGGGUAGUGGUGUAACCCCGGUGUCCUGGCCAAAACUCCCUCCAUUGACCCUUAUCAAUCAUGGCCUCCUAAUAAUCCCCAUCCACUAAUUGGCUCUAUAACUCUUCUCUCUCCUCUCCACCAAUAGCUGGUGUGUGGUGAAUGUACUGGUGCACUAUGGAUGCCGUCGCAUCAUCCAGGUGGAUGCUGCACACUGAUGGUGGUUGAGGAGAUUCCCCUGUACUAUGUAAAGCGCUUUGAGUGCCUAGAAAAGCGCUAUAUAAAUGUAAGGAAUAUUUAUUAUUAUUAUUAUUAUUAUUAUUAUUAUUAUUAUUAUUAUUAUCAUCAUUCAGAUCAUUUGCUCUUGAGAGAACUGAAUGAGAAAUAUCGUUCAUGUUGAGAUCAUUGACUUUUGAUUACAGUCCUCCCUUAGAUCUCAUCAAAUCUCUUGUGAAACUCACAUGUGAGAUUACUGGAGUCUUUUUCUCAUGAGAAACAUCUGAGAAGCUGGAGACACCAGUAAAAGUUUUUUUUUGGUCAGGGUUUUGCUAUGCAAUUACAAUAGUUUAAGUAUGGUUUUACUAUAGUAAUAUUGUGUUAACACUUUAAAAUAAGGUUAAAUUCUUUAACAUUAGUAAACAACAUUAGUUAACAUGAACUAACAAUGAAAAAUACUUUUACAGCAUUUACAUUAAUCUUGGUUAAUGUUAAUUUCAACAUAUGAUUUUUAAAUUCAAAAGUUGUAUACGUUAACAUUAGUUAAUGCACUAUGAACUAACAAACUUACAAUGCUAUUUUAUUAACUGACAUUAACAACGAUUAAUAAAUACUGUAAAAAAUACUUUAUUCAUUGUUAGUUAAUGAUACCUAAUGCAUUUACAAAUAUUAACAAUAUUAUAAUAAACUGCUAUAAAUAUUUUUAGACUGCUGUAACCAUAGUUUUUGGCAGAAAACAUGUUUUUUGUUUUCUAUAGUAAUAUUGUAGUAACCAUGAUUGUUGUAGGCUAACAGUUUAUUUAUUUAUUUAUUGACGGAAACCAUGGUUUUACUAAAAAUAUCAAGGUUACAAUAUGGUUAUUUAAGUAAACCAUGGUAAAUUUAUUGCAAGGGAACGCAAAACAUAUCGCGGGGGAAAGCAAAACAUAUCGCGGGGGAACGCAAAACAUAUAGCGGGGGAACGCAAAACAUAUCGCGGGAGAACGCAAAACAUAUAGCGGGGAAACGCAAAACAUAUUGCCGGGGAACGCAAAACAUAAUGCGGGGGAACGCAAAACAUAUUGCCGGGGAACGCAAAACAUAAUGCGGGGGAACGCAAAACAUAAUGCGGGGAACGCAAAACAUAUUGCCGGGGAACGCAAAACAUAAUGCGGGGGAAUGCAAAACAUAUUGGCGGGGAACGCAAAACAUAUUUGCGGGGAACGCAAAACAUAAUGCGGGGGAACGCAAAACAUAUUGCGGGGGAACGCAAAACAUAUUGCCGGGGAACGCAAAACAUAAUGCGGGGGAACGCAAAACAUAAUGCGGGGGAACGCAAAACAUAUCGCGGGGAACGCAAAACAUAUUGCCGGGGAACGCAAAACAUAAUGCAAGGGAACGCAAAACAUAUCGCGGGGGAAUGCAAAACAUAUCGCGGGGGAACGUAAAACAUAUUGCCGGGGAACGCAAAACAUAAUGCGAGGGAACGUAAAACAUUCGUGAGGGAACGCAAAACAUAUUGCGAGGGAACGCAAAACAUAUUGCCGGGGAACGCAAAACAUAAUGCGGGGGAACGCAAAACAUAUCGCGGGGGAACGUAAAACAUAUUGCCGGGGAACGCAAAACAUAAUGCGAGGGAACGUAAAACAUUCGUGAGGGAACGCAAAACAUAUUGCGAGGGAACGUAAAACAUAUUGCGAGGGAACACAAAACUAAUUCAUAUGAGAAUACAUGAAACACAAAAGUAAAUAUAUGUGAAGCUAAAUCACUUUUUGUAAGUCACUAAGAGUAUCUGCUAAAUGUAAAAUGAAGUGUGAAUAAAACAGGCUCAUUUUCAUGUAUUCAUUUAACAUACAAAUGAGAAAUGCAACAACAUGAGUGAUUCAUCUGAAGACUGUAACAUUAGAAGUGCUACAAUAUAACAUUCUAACAACGCUGAGAGAACAUGUCAAGACUCGACAAGUGAAACAACACAGACAACAAAGGGGUUUUUAAGACAUGAAUGCUUGAAAUUAAAUAGUUUCUAUUUUCUGUUCCAAUGGACCCACCAGAUUUUCCCCAUUUAAAGUGUGCCUAAAGCCAACAGCCAAUCAGAGAAGAGAAUGUUUGCCUGUGAGUACCAAUGUCUCUCUCUCUCUGUCUCUCUGUGUGUGUGUGUGUGCUUUGCAUUCAGCAGUUCUUAAAACAGGUUCCUCCCUCCAGUGGGUGGCUUUCUCUCUGCCACAAGAGCAGAAACUUCCCAACAGAUCCAGUGGAUUUUUCCAUCAUCUCAUUGAAUCAUGUUGAUCUACAGCAGGGUCGUGACCUCUUUAUGUCUCAUUUACACUUUGACUUCAGCUGUGGAAGAAAGCACAAACUUCACAGAGACUUCCAUCUCAAAUCAUGUGAAGAUGCCACUGCGGGUCAAAUCCAGUUUCCAUGUGUAUCACGAGGGAAAUGUAUUUGAAGAAACCUGUACUGUGGUUCCGUUCAGAUCUGAAACGCUGGACAGAUGCAGCUACAACAGAAGUGAUCCACUGGUGCUGAUCAUACACGGAUGGACGAUGAAUGGGAUCAUGGAACAGUGGAUCUUCAGGUUGGCUUCUGCUCUGAAGAUCAGGAUUGGUCAGGUCAAUGUGCUCAUCAGUGAUUGGAGGAAUCUGGCCCUGCAGCCUUAUCCAGUCGCAGCCAAGAACAGCCGUCAGGUGGGACAGGAUGUGGCCACGCUGCUCAAGUGGCUGGAGGAAGCUGUCCAGCUCUCCAUGGAUAAAGUGCAUCUGAUUGGCUACAGUCUGGGUGCACAUGUGGCUGGAUUUGCAGGAAGUCACUUCAGAGGCUCCAGGAAAGUUGGCCGCAUCACUGGUCUGGAUCCCGCCGGGCCACAGUUUGAAGGUGUUCCUGCGUUUGACAGAUUGUCUCCAGAUGAUGCGCAGUUUGUGGACGCCAUUCACACGUUUGCCAAGAGCAGUAUAAUGCUGGGAGUGGGAAUAAAACAAACGGUCGCUCACGUGGAUUUCUAUCCAAAUGGUGGCUCGUUUCAGCCCGGCUGCAAGAUGCUCGACAUUUACAAUAAUGUUUAUCAGUAUGGACUGCAAGGUGUACCCAAGACGAUCAAAUGUGCCCAUGAACGCGCAGUCAAACUUUUCACCGACUCUCUGUUCAACACCAGCCAGCCCAUAAUAGGCUACCGUUGCCGUGACGACAGCACCUUCAAAAAAGGCCUGUGUCUGGACUGCAAACAGAAGCGCUGUAACACGCUAGGCUAUGACGUCAAACGUGUGCGCGUGGGAAAGAAAGCUAAAGGCCUGUACUUGAAAACUGGUCCAGAUACACCUUAUAAAGUGUUUCAUUACCAGCUUAGAGUUCUGCUGCUGAAUGUGAUUGAACCCGUCGAGGCUUCUGUGACAGUUUCACUAAACGGAACCACAGGAGACCGCACAUACUUACCCACAGUACUGUGA